AUAGGUGAGCCUGAUCCACAUAGUUGUGCGUGUCAUUCUCUAAACAUUUUUUCGGGUGCAAUCCCAACGCAAUCAAAUUUAAGGUGGUUUUGUGCUGGUCUGAGUACAUAUAGUAUUGAUUUGAACAGUGAGGACCAGACCAAAAAUCUUUGGGUGGGCCAAAUCGUCAAUGCAGGAUUAGCCUCAAUAGUGCGAGUGCUUGUUGGCAUUGCUGACGAUAGACUUCUCUGGCUAGGACGAAGGCUUGUGUACAUAUUGUCGAUGGGUACUUGCAUAUUUGCAGCCGCCGCUUUACUUUAUGAGAAUGUAAACGAUAUGAAGGGGACGCAUUUGUACUUCGCUACAUAUCUCUUAGCGUACAAUUCGAUUUCGGUAUCAUGGGAAACGAACUAUUUGAGUGCAGCCGAGUUAAUACCCACAGAAGCUCGAGCCAAAGUUACGGCAAUACUCAACAUUGUAACAAGAAUCGGGAACAUUGCUGCUGCUCGAACGGUAGGCAAGUUUAAAGGCCAUUGGGAGCCCGGAAUCAUGAUUACAAUCCUUUGUUCGAACAUAUUCAGUUUCAUAAUAACUUUCAUGUUUCUCAGGGUGAGUUCUGCAACCAAAAAUUCUUGUUUCCCUAGUACGCGCCGCAGAAUGAGGGAAUCCUAG